GUGACAGCUGCGGGCGGGCGGGUAUUUUUAGUUUAAAUCCAACCGUUCCGUGCUGGCUGCGAAAUUCCCGAGCCUUUCCUUUCAACCCCGGGGAGCUUCGGCCCGCAAGAAAAAGCCCUAAAGCCCGGGGCAGCACGUCCCAGGCGGGCCGGGUGCCUCCUCGGGGCUUCCCUUUGCCUCCCCUAGGGGCGGGCUGACCUGUCACCAAGGAUUGCGCGCGGCGGGGGCCCGACCCGCUCCUGGCGACCGCGAGCGCGCUCAGUAGUGUCUGGGAGAGCAGAGCAGGCGGCGAGGAGGGGAAGUCCAACCCUGAAUGCUCAGUUUUGUUCAGACGCCUCUUGGCUGUGCAAACUUGACAAGCAGCUCAACCUCUCUGAGCCUCAUUCCCACAUUUCCAAAGGGGAGGGCAGUGAGGCCAGAGAUGGCUUGCAGGGCCUGAGAGAGCCUCAGAUGGAUGUUGACUUCCCUUGGGGUCUUGGGAUCUUGACCCCAAACAGCAGUCCCAUUGAUGUGGCCCAUUGGUCAACCCAGGAGCAGUGUCCUACCCCUCCCAGCUGACUUCUGCUUCAAAACUGGAAGCCAGGGCCUCCAGCCUGGGCGGGGUGAUAAUGAAUAUUUUUAGUUAACCACUUCGGCCCUGAAGCUCCAACCGUGGGCUGCCCUGGGACUCUUUCCCAGGUCCCUGGUCACCCCUUUCAACUCUGAAGAGUUACCCUUAUCCCAGCACUGGGUGCAGGGGCUGUCUACAGCCAACGGCUGCUAGUGGGAUAACCUGAUGUGUCUUGGGGGCAUGCCCCAUCCCACAUGAAUGAGGGCAUGAGGAGAAUGGACCGUCCUCCCAGAAAGGAGAGCAUGUCAAAAUCACUGCCGUUCUGAGCUUGGCAGGACAGCCUCCCUCAUCCACCAAGAGAAGCAGAAACAGGCCCAGAGAGGGGGAGUGAUUUGCCCAGAGCCACACUGCCUGGCUCUCUUAAAGGGCCUGGCCUUGCCGCCUGCACUUCCAGGGCAGCUAACAGCCCACAGGAGUCAGGAGCUGGGAGGUGGGAGGGGCGUACCAGUGCCAACGAGCUGUUUUGCUCAGUUUCCUGUCACUGUGCCCCAGCGGGACGCUCCAGCACAUGUGGGUCUGCACAUUCCUCAGGCCGGACAGCGCUCGGCAGGCUGACAGCCACAGCUGUGCCAAGCCUGCUGGCCCCAGGCGUUGUUUUCAACCAGAGAGGCCCCUCUGGGGGUGGCUGAGCGGGAAGUGGGCUGGGAUGUCUUAUUUCUGGAACUUGUGUCUUGCUGGGAGUCCUGAGGAGAAGACCUGAGGAUGUGUUGGUGGCACAGAGGGAAGUGGUGAGAAUCCAGGCUCAGGUUUCUGCCUCCAGGUACAGUCUGGCACCUGGCACCUGGCUCCCUGCAGGUACACUUCAGGGUGCCAUGACUCAGCAGCCCCAGGAGGACUUUGACAGGAGCGUGGAGGAUGCCCAGGCAUGGAUGAAGGCUGUGCAGGAUCAGCUGCAGGUCAAUGACAACACGCAGGGGCCUCGCGCAGCCCUGGAGGCCAGGCUGUGGGAGACAGAGAAAAUAUGCCAACUGGAGCCCGAGGGGCGUGUGAAGGUGGACCUGGUGCUACGGAUGGCCGAAGCCCUCUUGGCAUGCUGCCCUGGGGACCAGAAGCCCGAGAUCCUGGCCCAGCUGAAGGACAUCAAGGCCCAGUGGGAGGAGACGGUCACCUACAUGACUCACUGUCACAGCCGCAUCGAGUGGGUGUGGCUGCACUGGAGCGAGUACCUGCUGGCCCGAGAUGAGUUCUACCGCUGGUUCCAGAAGAUGAUGGUCACGCUGGAGCCCCACAUCGAGCUCCAGCUGGGCCUGAAGGAGAAGCAGUGGCAGCUGAGCCACGCCCAGGUGCUGCUACACAACGUGGACAACCAGGCGGUGCUCCUGGACCGGCUGCUGGAGGAGGCAGCCUCCCUGUUCAACAGGAUCGGGGACCCCAGCGUGGAUGAAGAUGCCCAAAAGAGGAUGAAGGCCAAGUAUGAUGCAGUGAAGGCCAAGGCCCAGGACCGGGUAGAUCUGCUGGAGCAGGUAGCCCGGGAGCAUGAGGAGUACCAGGCAGGCGUGGAUGAGUUCCAACUGUGGCUGAAGGCGGUGGUGGAGAAGGUGAAUGGCUGCCUCGGGCGGAAAUGCAAGCUGCCUAUCACACAGCGCCUCUCCACACUGCAGGACAUUGCCAAAGAUUUUCCCAGGGGCGAGCAGUCUCUGGAGAGGCUGGAGGAGCAGUCUGUGGGCGUCAUUUGGAACACCUCUCCUUUGGGUGCAGAGAAGAUCACCGGAGAACUGGAAGAGAUGAGGAAAGUUCUGGAGAAGCUGCGCGCCCUCUGGGAGGAGGAGGAGGAGCGGCUGCGGGGCCUGCUGCAGUCCAGGGGAGCCUUUGAGCAGCAGAUUAAGCAGCUGGAGGCCGAGCUCAGCGAGUUCGGGAUGGUCCUGCAGAGGCUGGCCCAGGAGGGUCUGCAGCCUGCGGCGAAGGCAGGGACCGAGGAUGAGCUGGUGGCCCACUGGAGACGCUACUCGGCAACACGGGCGGUGCUGGCCUCAGAGGAGCCCCGGGUGGACCGGCUGCAAGCCCAGCUGAAGGAGCUCAUCGUCUUCCCCCAUGACCUGAAGCCACUCUCUGACAGUGUCAUCGCUGCCAUCCAGGAGUAUCAGAGCCUGAAGGGGAAGAGUGCCAGGCUGCGCAAUGCCGCGGGGGUGGAGCUGUGGCAGCAUUUCCAGCGGCCUCUGCAGGAUCUGCAGCUGUGGAGGGCCCUGGCCCAGCGGCUCUUGGAGGUCACUGCCAGCCUGCAGGACCUGCCUUCCCUUCACACCUUCCUACCCCAGAUCGAGGCGGCCCUGAUGGAAAGCUCCCGCCUGAAAGAGCCGCUGACAAUGCUGCAGCUGAAGAAGGACCUCCUGAUUGGCGUCUUUGGCCAGGAGAGAGCCACGGCACUCCUGGAGCAGGUGGCGGGUUCCGUGAGGGACCGAGACCUGCUGCAUAACAGCCUUCUGCAGAGGAAAAGCAAACUGCAGAGCCUGCUCGCUCAGCACAAAGACUUCGGAGCGGCUUUCGAGCCCCUGCAGAGGAAGCUCUUGGACCUCCAAGCCAGGGUCCAAGCUGAGAAGGGGCUUCAGAGGGACCUUCCUGGAAAACAGGCCCAGCUCUCAAGGUUACAGGGGCUGCAGGAAGAGGGGCUGGACCUGGGGGCACAGAUGGAGGCUGCGAGGCCUCUGGUCCAGGAGAAUCCCAACCACCAGCACAAAAUGGACCAGCUUUCCUCCGACUUCCAGGCCCUGCAGAGGUCUCUGGAGGACCUUGUGGACAGGUGUCGCCAGAGCGUGGAGGAGCACUGCACCUUCAGCCACCAACUGCUGGAGCUGCGGCAGUGGAUCGCCGUGACCACGCAAAAGCUGGAGGCACAGCGGGGAGAGGCUGGCCCGGGGGAUGCUGAGUCUCAAGAGGCCGAGUUUGAGAGGCUGGUGGCAGAAUUCCCGGAGAAGGAGGCCCAGCUGUCCCUGGUGGAAGCGCAGGGCUGGCUGGUGAUGGAGAAAUCUUCUCCGGAGGGUGCUGCUGUGGUGCAGGCGGAGCUCAGGGAGCUGGCAGAGUCAUGGCGGGCCUUGAGGCUGCUGGAAGAAAGUCUGCUGAGCCUCAUCAGAAACUGGCACCUGCAGAGGACGGAAGUGGAUUCAGGGAAGAAAAUGGUUUUCACCAACAACAUCCCGAAGUCAGGAUUUCUCAUCAACCCCAUGGAUCCUAUUCCCAGGCAUCGUCGACGGGUAAAUCUUCUCCAGGAAGAAGACGGGAGCCAUGAAGAUUUCUCCCAGCUCCUGAGGAACUUUGAGCAGUGGUUGCAGGUGGAAAAUUCCAAGCUGGUUAGAAUCAUCGCAAUGAGGACUUCUACAGCCGAGGACUUGAGGACCAGAGAAUCAAAGCUGCAGGAGCUGGAGGCUCGGGUGCCAGAAGGUCAGCAUCUCUUUGAGCAUCUCCUUCGUCUCGGGCCAGCAAGGGGGACCUCGGACAAGCUGGAAGAUCUGCGCUACCAGUGGAUGCUGUACAAGUCCAAGCUGAAGGACUCCGGCUACCUGCUGACACAAAGUUCUCCAGGGGAGCCGACUGGAUUCCAAAAGACUCGGCGGUGGCGAGGACUGGGCUCCCUCUUCCGGAGGGUGUGCUGUGUGGCGCUCCCACUGCAGCUGCUUCUGCUGCUGUUCCUCCUCCUGCUGUUCCUGCUCCCCAUCAGGGAAGAGGACCGCAGCUGCACCCUGGCCAACAACUUCGCCCGCUCCUUCACGCUCAUGCUGCGCUACAAUGGCCCGCCACCCACCUAAUCCGCUGGGGCACACAGGUGACUUUGUUCUCCAACCUCCAGCAGUCCCAGGGCCCCUCCUGAGGAUGCCCGCCAGGGAAACUGGAAACAGGGGCAGGCCAAAGACUGCAGAGCUGCAUCCAUAUCAGUGCUGUGUCAGCAUUCCCAGAACAGACUUACUUUUUAUACAGUGUUGUCUUAGUCUAUUUAUACCAAAUGUGUACUACAUGUGACUAGGGAACAAUGUCUAGAAUUUUUAUAUGAUCUGUAUGUAAAUGCUCAGUAUGUAUUGUUUCAUAUAUGAGGUCUAUCUGGAGUUGGGAAAAUUCCUAGCAGUGUCUCCCUCCAAUGGGA